UCUCGCUCUCUUUUUUAAACGAACAUGUUUCAUAGGAAACUCAGCUUUCCCACUGUCAAUCUAUGCAGGAAUAGGCUAAACUCUGUGUGGCUACUAUGGCUUCUGAUUGCAAGGUUCCGCACAGAAACAGUAAAUUACCACAUCUAUGAGGAAGAGACCCCAGGGACAGUUAUAGGUGUACUCUCUGAAAACAUUAUGCUUGAUUCACAAGGUAAAGUUCCUAGAAACUUCCGCCUGAUGAAGCACUUUAACAGUUCACUGAUCCAGGUGAGUGAGACUGACGGACAGCUGACCGUCGGAGAGAGCGGUAUUGACCGAGAGCAGCUAUGCCAGCAGUCCCAGCAAUGCAUACUGGCUUUCGACGUGGUCAGCUUCUCUCAGUUGAUACAUGUGGAAGUGGAGGUAAGAGACAUCAAUGACCACUCGCCACGCUUCCCGGCCCCCGAGAUCUUUGUGGAGAUGUCCGAGAGCUUGGCUGUGGGCACCCAGAUUUCCCUGGAAGCGGCAGUGGACGAGGACGUGGGUUCCAACGCCCUCCAGAGUUUGCGUUUAGUCAAACCACACAACUUCUUUCGAGUGGAGUUGCAGACUCGAGCUGACGGCGCCAAAGGCGCUAUCCUGGUGCUUCUGCAGGAACUGGACCGUGAGAGCCAGGCUACCUACAGUCUAGAGAUGGUGGCCCAGGACGGUGGCCUCCCCCCGCGCUCCGCUACAGCUACACUCCACAUUCAGGUGCUGGAUGCUAAUGACCACAGCCCAGCCUUCCCACAGGGCUCUGUCAUUGAGGUAGAGCUGGCGGAGGACGCUCCCGAGGGCUUCCUGCUACUCGACCUAGACGCUACAGAUCCGGACGAGGGCCCCAACGGCGAUGUACUGUUCUCUUUCAGUGACCGGACGCCGUCUGAGGCUCAGUUCCCUUUCCGUUUGGAUCCGCGCUCAGGCCGCUUGACCCUGGCUGGGCCCGUGGAUUAUGAACAGAAGGAGACCUACGAGCUGGACGUGAGGGCUCAGGACCAAGGCCCAGGGCCACGCGCGUCCAAUUGCAAAGUUAUCGUGCACAUCCGCGACGUGAAUGACAACGCCCCGGACAUAACCAUCACCCCACUGGCAGUGGCCAAGACCUCCGCCUCCGAUACCUCGGUCUUCUUUACCGCCCCUGCCUCGGCUUCCUUGGGAACGUCGGGAGGCCCAGAACCUGGGGUGACUUCUUUUAUUCCAGAGGGGGCCGUUCCAGAGAGCCUCGUGGCGCUUAUCAGCACCUGGGACAAGGAUUCGGGCUCCAAUGGGCAGGUGCAUUGCGCCCUCUAUGGACACGAGCACUUCCGACUGCAGCCGGCCUACGCGGGCAGCUAUCUAGUGGUGACGGCGGCGCCCCUGGACCGCGAGCGCAUCUCCGAGUACAAUCUGACACUGGCGGCCGAGGACCGCGGCUCCCCUCCGCUGCGCACUGUGAGACCCUACACGGUGCGCGUGGGAGACGAGAACGACAACGCUCCGCUCUUUGCUCGUCCCGUCUACGAAGUGUCAGUGAGGGAAAACAACUCUCCGGGAGCCUACCUUACCACUGUAGUUGCUCGGGACCCAGAUUUGGGCCGUAACGGCAAAGUGACCUACAGGCUGUUAGAGGCCGAAGUCGGUCCGGGCGGGAGCCUCGUCUCCACCUACGUCUCGGUGGACGCGGAUAGUGGAGUAUUGAGGGCUCGGAGGAGCUUUGACCGCGAGGCGCGGGCCGAGCUGGAGGUGGUGCUGGAAGCUCACGAUGGUGGCUCUCCAGCUCGUUGGAGCCGGACGGUGGUGCGGCUAGUGGUGGAAGACCAGAACGACCACGCGCCCGAGGUGACUUCUCCACUGCUUUCCAAUGGCUCAGCUCGCGUGCCGCUGCCCCACGGGGCGCCCCCAGGCUUCCUGCUCACCCAGGUGCGGGCCCGCGACGAGGACGAGGGUCCCAACGCAGAGCUGACUUACAUCCUCACCUACAGCGACGGCGGCCCCGGGGCGCUGGCGCUGCAUCCGCACACCGGAGAGCUGUCACUACGGAGGAGGCUGUUGCCUUGGCCCACCGACCCUCUCACCGUGGUGGUCACUGUGCGGGACAGCGGGAGGCCAUCCCUCGCCUGCACCGCCACCUUGUCCUUGGUUCCCGCUCCAGCUUCACCUCCUGGCGGAGAUGUGGUGCUAGUGCCACCUCCACCUCUGCCACCGCCCUCCAGAGAGAAACAGGCAGGGGCGCAGCAGAGGCGACUGCAGGGGGCAUCCUGGUGGAGGCCCGACCUCUCUACUAUCUUCAUUGGGGUACUAGCUAUUGGUUGUGGGAUGCUACUCGUGGCCAUAGUUGUUGUGGCCUCCUCGUGCCAGGAUACGGGCCUGGUCUGGAGGAAAGCGUUUUUCAAAUGCAGCAGGAGAUCAGAACUGGCCAGUGAAGACAGCUGGACACCUGGCAGUCGGGGGUCUUCUGGAGGGUCAGAUAGUAACGACUUCGAGAGCCUCGACGGAUCCUACCAUCUUUCUGUCACUGAUGAAGUGGAGGAGGAGGAAACUGUCAGCGUGCCUCUUUCGAGGGACAGUGGAGUGUCUCUUUCUCCCUCAUCUCGAGAGAGGAAUGAGACUCCCAAGAUCCAGGGUUCAAUCUCAGCUUCUUUUCAUUCCACAUCUCUGUGGCAAGAGGAUAAAUCUGCUGCAAGUUUAGGUACCAAUUCAAGACCAGAUGAAUCUAGUGUGAAGGACAGUGGGAAAGGAGACAGUGAAUGUAAUGAUAGUGAUUCGGACAUUAGUGGAGAAGGGGUCAGGAAAACCUCCCUUAAGAUGACUGAAAAGCAAACUGCCAUCAUGAUUGAUGUCAUCAAAGACCUUGGACAGAUCAAUGGAUGCUGUGUCUAUAGCUCCGUGCUGCUCCUGACAUAUCUCCUGGAGUUGUCAGACAGCAAACACCAUAUCAAGUAUUCCUUGGCCUUUUAUGAAAUCACACAGACUCACAAGUAUACGGCUGUAUUCCAGAUGAAGCAUCAGCAAUGA